CCUCGACCGCAGCCGCACACCCUGCGCGCCGCCGGCCUGCAGUUCGCGGACGGCGUCUUCAGGCACGUCUACACGAACAUCGUCGACCACCUCACGGACGUGCGGGCCUUCGCGGCGGAGGCGCACCGGGUCCUCGGCGACGGGGGGCGCCUCUGGGUCGACCUCGGCGUCCCGCCGGCGGGGGCCGGCGUCGGCACGUUCGAGGUGAGGAAUUUGCGGGACGAGGUGAUCGACUUCGAGCAGAAUGUGUCGACACAUUUUGAUAUUAUUGACAGCCGCACUGGCGAAGGCAACCCUUUCUACGAGCGGGAGAUAUUCUACACUUUCCGGCGCCGCGCAAAAGUUUCGGACGUGUUGGAGGCGUGAUCUCCCGGGUUUGUCGUUCGCCUUUCGGUGUCCGCCAAGGUUGGCAGGGGCAAUGGCGCUCCUGGGAGGGGCAACGCUUCCUGGGUGGCACACCGAAAGAAUACCUCUUCACUACUGGAUCGUGACGACGGUGGCUCGUCCGACGAUGACCAGCGCGACAAGCAGCAGGAGGAGCCCCAUCCGUUAGAGAAUUUUGUGGCCAGCGAUGAACCCGCAUUUGUGGCUUUGAGGGACGCUGAGCCGCCACCACAGGAUUCCUCCCUCUCUGUGCCAGUGGUCGAAUUACCACAGGUGCAGAUGAGUUGCGCGUCCUGCACGAGGUCUCACUGCGUAAAUUCUUGUCGAGUGACGAACUGUCCAACGAAGACGCGGAGGUUGUCCCGAAGAUGCCCCCUCAAAUCCAUUGAGGUUCCAGCAUGUCCAUGGGUUAUUGUCGCGCACGGGGCAAAAACGAAAUGUGCAUUCGAUAGCCCUACCGCAGAUGAAGUCGACUGACAUCUUCGUGGCAUGCGUCUGGACUCCUUGAAGUAGUGGGAAAAAGAUUGCUUGACGAAAUGCUCUAGCCCCUGCUGUUUCAUCCUAAAGUUGCCAAGCUGUUGGCUGCCAGGAGCCCGCGUCCUAACGGAAGGGCACUGCCCAAU